UCGACGACUGCUCUCUCCGAAACUUACUGAAGUCUUUUAAAAAGUGUGGAUAAAAAAUUGCUCUCCGCUUUAAGAGCUCUCAAAUCAACCCCGGUUGGAUUAACACUGUUUAAGGGAAUAACUUAUUUUUUUCUCAUUAAAGUGGCUGACUGCAGUCUGGGUCCCCAUGCCCUGCCUUGUGAGUCCUGCUUGGCCUGCUGAGCCCACAGGAGCUGGUGUGUCCGUACUGGGUUGCAGCUGAAGCCGGGCGACAUCUACCAGGUGGUAGUGCCUGUGCCUGUGCCUGUGGUGGUGCAGGCGGGGUCGUCGGAGGGCCUAGAGCCCCGGUAGCAGGCGGGGGAGGCGCCUGUCCUGUUCCAGCCACACGAAGAUGAACAAACUGAACUUCCACAACAACAAAACCAUGCAGGACCGCCGCUGUGUCUGUGUUUUUCUGCCCAAUGAUGACACGCUCAACGUCAUAGUCAAUGUGAAGACCCUGUGCCAGGAACUGUUGGUCCAGGUGUGUGACCUCCUGAGGUUGAAGGACUGUCACCUGUUUGGACUCAGCGUUAUUCAGAAUAAUGAACACAUCUAUAUGGAGCUGGAUCAGAAACUAUCCAAAUACUGCCCCAAAGAAUGGAAACGAGAAGCCAGCAAGGGCAUCGACCAGUUCGGGCCUCCGAUGAUCAUCCACUUCAGAGCUCAGUAUUACGUUGAGAACGGGAGAUUGAUCAGUGAUCGGGCAGCCAGGUACUACUACUACUGGCACCUGAGGAAACAGGUGCUGCUCUCUCAGUGUAUCCAGCGGGAGGAAGCCUACUUCCUCCUGGCUGCCUUCGCCCUGCAGGCCGACCUCGGCAACUUCAAACGCAACAAGCACUUUGGGAAGUACUUUGAACCUGAAGCCUACUUCCCCCCGUGGGUGAUAGCCAAGCGCGGCCGUGAGUACAUCCUGAGGCAUAUCCCAAACAUGCACAAAGACCAGUUUGCCCUCACGGCUUCAGAGGCGCACCUCAAAUACAUCAAGGAGUGCGCUCAGCUCGAUGACGUCACUGUCCACUACUACAGACUCUACAAGGACAAGAAGGAAGUAGAGGCGUCUCUUACGUUGGGGCUGACUUUACGUGGUAUCCAAAUAUUCCAGAACGUCGGCUCUGUUAGGCAAUUGUUGUACGACUUCCCCUGGACCAACGUGGGAAAACUGGUGUUUGUGGGGAAGAAGUUUGAAAUCCUUCCUGAUGGACUCCCAUCGGCCCGAAAACUCAUCUACUACACAGGUUGUCCCUUGCGCUCUCGUCACCUCCUGCAGCUGCUCAGUAACAGCCACCGGCUCUACAUGAACUUGCAGCCUGUCCUCAAACAAGUCCGUCGGUUGGAGGAAAAUGAAGAGAAGAAGCAGUACCGGGAGUCGUACAUCAGCGACGCUCUCGAGCUGGACAUGGAUCAGCUGGACAAGCGUUCCCGAGCCAGCGGCAGCAGCGCAGGGAGCGUCUCUCACCACAAACGCCUGUCACGCCACUCCACGACCAGCCACGGCAGCUCGCACACCUCCGGCAUCGAGACGGACAGUUUCAGGGCUCCGGGCCAGGCUCUCCACAGGCCCCUACGAACCUGCAGCUCAUCCACAACCAGCCACGGGAGUUCGCACACCUCCGGCAUCGAGAGCAGCAGCAAGGAGCGUAUAUUAGAUGAUGAUGAGAUCGAGAUGCUGGUGGACGACCCCAAAGACUACGAGGAGCUCCACGAGAUGGCUCUGGACCAGGAGCUGUGUAUCCACAUCACCGAGGACAUGCUGACGAUGUCCCCCGAUCAGACCAACGGAUACUCCGGUCUCAUCGUGAAAGACGUCAGCUCCUCCACCUCCAGCUCCUCUGAGACCGUCGUCAAGAUGAGAGGACAAAGCAUCGAGUCUCUGCCACAGACGUCUGCAGGCAGGAAACCUCAGUCCUCCACCGACCGACACAGCCAGUCGCUCGAUGACGUCCGGCUCUACCAGAAGGACUGUCUGCAGUGGGCGGAGCUCUGCCAGGACACCGCCCACAGCUACACGUUCGGCUGCGCCCAGGAGCUGAGCGACGGCUGCGGCUACCAGGGCCUCUCCGACCAGUGCACCGGCAUGCGCGGCGAGCAGCACCCGUUCCCCAUCAAGAGAACCAACAAAUACUUCUCCCUGGACCUGACCAGCGACGAGGUACCCGAGUUCGUGGUGUGACGGGGGGAGAGGGCGAGGCGUAAAAACAAGGCGACCUCAGGGUGACCUUUUUUUGUGUCAAAUCUGGAGAUGUUUCAGCCCUCAGGGAACAAGAGAAGAGAAGAGAGGAGCGUUGUCAGAGAGGUGGUUUCUAUUCUUGGCGGCGAUCAGCAGCGAUGAGUAAAACUGGUAGCAAAGUUGGCUGCCCCCCCUUUUCAUUUACCACUCGAGAUGUUUUAACACAUAAUAAAUGAACAGACAUGCAGGACUCUGGCUGAAAUGGGAAUUUUUAUAAACGAACACUGGGUUUGAAGAGAGCCCGUGUCUUUAAAAGAUAAACCCCGAGCUGCUCCCGCUGUGUGAAAGGAAACAAAAAGGGAUCUUCUUCUUUUAAAAAAACUAAAACAUUUAUAUUCAAAUCUGUCCUCCAAAACUUGUUUCAAGAUCCACAUUUGCCUCCUUCGUAAGGUCAUUAAAAAAAAAAGAAGACGUGUGUGUGAAUACGUGAAGAGCAUAUCAACGACUUUCUGUGGAGGACAUAAUUUGACUCUGAGCUACGAACCAAAGACGAGAGCGUGCAGCGAUGACAGAAACAUUUCAGAGUCAUUGUCGGGAGGGAAGAUAAAAAACCCCUCAGUCUUCUUCUGCGCCACUUCAUUUUACCUCAACAGGAAGUGCAGUGUGCCAACCCCCUCCCCUCCCUCCCUCCCUCCCCGCCCCCCUUACGUUUCACAGACUGGACUCCAUGUGAACACACACCCGACGUGCCUUCAUCAUACUAUGCAGGUGUCAAAAACCUCCGCCUUGACAAUCACACACACACACACACACACCCUCUGCUUUUAGUCACGGGGAUCAUUUUUAAAGAUCCAAGCCAUCCCGAUUAAAGCUCUACUUUACUUUGUUUUUUUAAGCUACACACACACACACACACACACACACACACACACACACACACACACACACACACUUCAUCUACACUUUACCCGCUCACUAAAGAUGAUCGUUAGUUUUUCAGCAUCUUUCAAAAAAAAAAAAAAAAAGGAUUCAAGGUUGGUUUUCAAACUGUUUCAUGUCCUGUGAAAUCUGACCGGCUUUCCUGAGGAGGAAUGAGGUCGAGUAAGUUCCCCCUACAUGUCCCGACUCGCGCUUACAAGUUUUUUUUGUGGCAACAAAAAAAAAGUAAAAAAGCUUCCCUGUAAUCUAAACUCAAAAUGGAGCCGUUUUGGCUGUCGGCCAACACAAACCGCACAUUUUGACGCGUACAUGCACGUCCUCCUUUCUAUUCAUUUGUCCUUUUUUUUUAUUGUGUUUUUUUUUCAUCUUUGAUGUUUUAAACUGGAAUUUGUUACUUUUUUUUAAAUUUUAUUUUAUUUUAUUCUUCAUCCUCAUUUUACCUGAAACCUUUUACACAUCGUAUUUUUUGUAUGAUUUGCCCAGACUUGUAUAUGUUGAACAGUUACUCUGCGUGCAGUUGAUGUCAUUCAGUAUUACAAGUGAACGUAUGUGACAGUAUUAUGGACGGGUGAUGUCAGACCUGUUUUUGUUUUUGUUUUGGGGGGGGGGUUCUGAACAAGAAAGUCAAAAAUCUCACAGUAAAAUUCAGCAGAACUGAAGCCUGUGGAAGCAGAUGAGCUCUUUGUAAUCAUAAAUGACAACUCACAUUUCAAUAUACUAUAACUGAUAGUAGGUUUAAACACUGAAUAAGGUGUUUUAUUCAUAAAUCAUGCAGCUCAAACUCAAAAGGCAACAGUUACACAUUUUUAAGAUACUCAGUUUUUGUCAGAUUUGAAUCAAUAAUGUCUCUGAUUUUGUUAUAAAUAUAGCAAAUACUUUCAUCUUUAUGUAAAACACAGUUUUAAUCUUACCUGAAUUAGGUGGAAAUAAUCUUUAUCAUGACCACAUCCUUUUUUGACUUUAAAAAUGACACACAACUUUUCAUGUGCUUUAAAUGAAUUUUAAGCUGUUAAAACACUGAAGGGAAAAGGGUGCACUCUGCUGUGUAAAGCAGAAGAGUCAGACAAAGGAAUAGUUGGACAUUUUGGGAAAUAUGUGUAUUUGCUGUCUUACUUUUGAGAGUUUGAUGAGAAGAUCGACACAACCGGGGCUGCAACUAAUGAUUAUUUUAGUUAUUUGUUCUUUAAAAUGUCAGAAAAUAGUGAACAAAUGUCAAUCACAGCUUCCUGAAGCCCACUGCUGACUUCCUCCGAUGUUUUUUCUUUUUAUCCCAACGAACAGUCCAUAACCCAAAAAUAUUCAGUUUACUGUCACAGAGGAUGAAAAGAACCAGAAAGAUUCACAUUUGAGAAGCUGGAAUCAGAAAAUUUGAUCAUUUCCUCUUUUAAUAAUGGUUCGUUGCAGCUCUAUCAUCAUUAUCGAUUAAUCAUUCAUAAAAUGUCUAAAAAUACCCAGAUAUUUAGUUAAAUGUCAUGUAUGACGACGACCAGCAUAACAUUAUCACAUAUAAGUUUUUUUUUGCAUUUUUACUUUUAAAAAAAUGACAAAAAAAUGAUUUUGAUUAUCUAAAUCGUCGCAACUUUAGAAACCACUCCUUAUAUGAAGCUAGAGCUAGCAGCCAGUUAGCUUAGCAUAGCAUAACAACUGGAAACAAAGGGGGGAAACAGCUAGCCUGACUCUCCCCUAAAGACAUUAUGAUUUAUUUACUGUCAUUUUCUAUCUUUUUUUUCCUUUUCGGUUCUGCUUUGAGUAACCCCUCGUCUGUUUUAACAAUGUGACGAUACAGCAUCAUGAACAACGUUUUUAAAAACACAUUUAAUGAAAAUACAUUAAACAAAAAACAAAUAAUGAAUUUGAUACUGAUAUGUAAUUAAAAUAAUCAACUUCUAUAUUUCUUACAGGUUGUUUCUUUCUGUUUUCAAACAUACUUAUUUCUACUCAUUAAUGGAAAAUGUCAUAUUUUGAUGGACGAUGAUGUUUCUUAUAUUAAAACAGUAUGUGUUAAGGUACAUAGCCAUACAACCAUAACCCAUGUCCUUAAAGUCUUCAUGAUUUGUUCUUGACUUCCUGUUUUCUGACUUUAAUAUAUGGUCAAACUUACACUACGUAAGAGUCUGUAUGUCUGUGUCCAUAAUCCUUUCUGUGAAAGGAUCUCACUUCAGGUAAAAAAUAUUAUUUUCUUUUUUUUUUUGUCACCCUGUAGUUAAAAAAAUAUUUGUUAUUAUGAAGUCUGGUCCGUGCCUUCUUGGUACUAAUGCCCUCAAUAUCCAAUAAAAAGGUACAUUUAUUU